GCAGCUCUUUUUGCAUGGGCUGGCAUCAAACAAGUUGUCCGUGCAUAAUUCCCCCCACCGCACGCCGUUGCUUUCGGGCACAUCUACCACACACCGUACCUCGCGGAACUUCCGCCUUCUUCGCGGCAGUCCGUAUACCAGCUUUUGUUCGCUCUCCGUCGGCCACCUUUCCUGAAGGUCCUCAAGGAACGUCGGUGGUGGCCCAGGAGGGAGGACUCCAGCUGCCUCUUGCUCGUGCUGCUUCGACCAACGACUUCAAGCACGAUCUACAAGCCCCCCGGCAGACCUCUUCACGCCCUGCACAUGGUUCUGGAGAAAACAAGGACUUCAGUAGGUCGGCGGCUCCGUUGUCCAAGAGCUGGAAGAACCGUUGGAGCGACCGGGAUUCGACGGCCAAGAGCGGGACGGACGACCACCACCGCUCCACCCAGUCUUCGCGAGGGCGCCGCGUCGGAGAUAACAGGCGAGGGCGAGCCGUGGGGAACCAGUCUACCAGGUCUUCACCGGCGAGUCGCCAUCGCCGGAGCAGGAGUCGGAGCGCAGAACGACAACAGUGCACCAAUCCUUCGUCUAGGCGUGGGCGCAGCCGGAGCGGAGACCGUCGUGGGAGAAACACGCCUCCGUCUAGGCGUAGCCGCAGCCGGAGCCAGAACCAGAGCGGGGGCAAUAGUAGGGCGACCAGCACUGACAGCGGUCGAGGCGGAAAAGGGGGACGGAGGUCAGGCCACGGUAGAAAACCAUCUGCGCAAGGAACUGGCAGGGCCCUCGACGUACGCCUUCUUCAUCCAGAAAUUGGCGGCCGCCUGGGACACUCAAGACAAGAGCUCGGGGAUUGAUCGUCUUCGCAGUUUUGGCGUAUCCAACGGCGAGACUUACGGAGAAUACAUUCGUCGCUCUAUGGCUCUGGCCAUGAUCGUCAUGGUUUCCCACCACGCGUUCAAGCCUUCGGAUGCGCAAGUGCAGAUAGCUGUUCGAGACCCCAUGUUUAAGCAGUUUCCGGUAGUGUCUGAGCAGGUGUACAAGGAUGAGCAGCUCUCCAUGGAAGCCCCUUUUGGGCGACAUGCUUCGUGUCUGGAUGAUAUGUGGGAUGUGUUGGACAAGCGUGCGUUCGCGCACACGCCGGCGGUACAUGGAGAUGAUUUCUUUUCGGUAUCUUCCACGAAUGCUAGGAGUUCGUCUGCUGUUUCGCGUGCUGUAGCUUCUUCGGCGUUGCGUUCGACGGUGACCCCUUCGUGGAGCCAAGGUUCUUCGGCCGCCGUGAUGAGUGUUGACCCUCUACCUAAUGAUGAUCGGGACCCUUUUCUGUUGCACUACAGCGACUGGCCGUUGCAAGGACACUUCCAAGAGGUGUACAACGUCGCUAGUGAGAUGGCUCUAACCAAGAAUGAUCCGCCAUUGUUCACCCCCUUGGUUUCGGCUGAAGAGCGCCGCAACGCGCUUCGACUGUACAAGGGCAAGUGCCUCAACUGCUUGGGAGAAGACCACUCCUUCAAAUCCUGUAAUCGUGGUUUCGUGAACGCCACCGGCGUGCUUAACAAUGACAUCAAGUUCUGUAUGGAAAAGGAUCCCACCCUUUGGGGUCGGUGGAAAAAGCGCAUGACCUCAGCACUCGUCGGACGCUUCCACUUCGACAAAAAAGGGGCUGGAGGGGGAGGAAUGACUUCUCCUAACGAACGGGUCUCUAAUAGCCGAAUGGCCUCUGCUAACAUUGACCCCGCCGGAGCCGCCGCCCUAAGGCCGCCCUCCGGAUCACGGCGCGUUGCGACUUCGCCCGCUCCUGCCUCGCUUUCUGGGUCCUGCCCGUCGGAGAAGAGGACCUGUCCACCUGUUCCACCCCCGCCUGUGCCUGGUGCCCGCAUUUUGCCCCUUCGCCCUGCACCGGCUCCGCCGUUUGAUGACAAGUGCGAGUACGCUUCGGAUGACGUCCUUCUUUUCUGGAAACCUCCGUCUGUGUUCUCGCAAUGGACUCCUUCGGCUUUUGACGUACUGGGGGUACGUUAUUCAUGUGGUGAGCAAUUCAUGAUGUCUGAAAAAGCGAAGUUGUUUAUAGAUAUGACAUCGUAUGACAAAAUUACGGCUGCAACAGAUCCUAAAACACACAAGUUUUUGGGUCGAAAUGUGCGUCCUUUCGACUAUGCUGAAUGGGAGCGUCGUCGUGAAGAGAUCGUGCUUACGGGGUCGUACGCCAAAUUUGCUCAAAACCAUGACAUGAAACAUCAUCUACUGGAGACGGGUACCCGCCUCCUUGCAGAAGCCAGCCCCUUCGAUCGUGUUUGGGGUAUCGGCAUGUCUGCAUGCUUUCCAGAUGCUAGCGAUUCAUCCAAGUGGGCGGCUAGCGGUAAAAACUUGUUGGGAAAAGCUUUGAUGGAAGUUCGACGCCUUUUGCGUGAUCAUCCCCUCUCUGGCGAAGAUUUCCCCGCUUCCAAUUCUCCCACACCACCCAUUUCGCAGCCUCCUCUCCAUGGACAUCGACGCAUUCAUGAGGUUGCUACUUCUACAGGUUGUGCCGAGCUCGAGCCGGGAGACGUAAUUGGAGUGUCUGCCGCGCCGCUACUACGAGUACCGGUGGAAACCCUGAAGGCGGCACCAUCUUCGAUUCCUACCGGCCCCACAACAUCUACAUCACCACCUCGGGUCAACGCCGUUGGCCCCAAGUCCGGGACUCACCGCUCUCCGGACGCAGCCUCCGCCCCGCCUCCUCCGAAGCCGCCUCCACAAGAACUACUCGACCGCUUCUCUGAGGCACAGCGCUCCAGCUUCAUGCGGUUGUGGACUAGGCUGCCCGCACAUAUGCACGACAUCGCUUUCGAUCUACACAAUCCGGGAUGGACACCGGAGGCUAUUGAUCGUUUGGCCGACGCCCUUGUGGAAUAUUCUGACGUGUUCUCUACUUCGAAAACCGAUUUUGGUUCCUGCAAUAUUAUGCCGUUCACGCUUUCUGUCCCAGCAGGGACGAAGCCCGUUGCAUCACGCCCGUAUCGUAUCAACCCGUUGAUGCAAAAGAAAGUGGAUGCCGUUUUGGACCAGUAUUUGGCGGCAGGGCUCAUUCAACAUUCCACAUCUCCGUGGGCUUCUCCUUUAGUUGUCAUCCCCAAGAAGGACGGAUCUGUUCGCAUCACCGUCAACUACAAACGUCUCAACGCUCUGGUGGAUUUGGAUGGACAACCUCUCCCUCGAGUGGACGGUAUCUUGGAUUCUCUGUACACCGGGAAAGUGUUCUCCAUCUUCGACCUCAACUCGGCUUUCCACCAGAUCGUUUGUGAUGAAGACACUGUCCCGCUCACCGCCUUUUGCACUCCCACGCAGUUGUUCGAAUGGCUUCGGAUGCCGCAGGGCGCCAACGCAAGUCCGUCUUGGUUCGUUAAGGUCGUCAACAGAUUGGUGCACGGUCUGGAGCGUGUGCUGGCUUAUCUGCACGAUGUCAUCUGUUUCGAUGAGGAACCUCUGGGACACGUGCUAAACUUGAUCGAGUUCUUCAAACGACUGCGACAGUACAACCUCAAACUGUCUCCAGGGAAGGGUCGCGUCGGCGCCACGCACGCCAACUUUCUCGGUCACACCAUCUCUCCGGCAGGUGUUAGCCCUGAUGGCGUCAAGGUUAGGGCGCUCACGCACAUGCCGCCGCCGACGAAUGUUAAGCAGCUUCGGAGUCUUCUCGGUGGACUCAGCUACUACCGGAAAUUCCUCAAGAAUCUCGCCACCAAGGUGCGGCCUCUCAACUCUCUUCUCAAACAAGGCGUCCCCUUCAAGUACACCCCGGGCAUGGUCAAGGUUGUCAAAACGCUGUUAAGCGAACUCGCUCGCCCCCCGAUAUUGGUCUUCCCGGAUUGGGCAGCAAUCGAGGACAACAUCCGUCCUCUUCGUUUGUGUUCCGACGCGUGUAUCGACGGUUUUGGCGCCUCCUUGGAACAAGAACAGCUCGAUGGCUCGGUGAGACCCAUCGUGUACAUCAGCCGCGCUACUCUUCCUGCGGAGCGUAACUGGACCAUUUUGGAUCUGGAGGCUGGUGGCAUUGUUUGGGCCAUCAAACGCCUUCGCGGUUAUCUGUGGUCGACCAAGUUCAUCAUCUAUUCGGACCACAAAGCAUUGGAGAGCAUUGGCAAGGUUGGGGAACACAACGGUAGAGUGCAACGAUGGCUGGAAUUCCUGUCCAACUUCACCUACACCCUGAAAUAUCGGAAAGGUCCGGCAAAUGGCAACGCGGAUUUUCUUUCGCGGUUGCCUUUACCAGCACAAGACACGGACAAAACCGGCCCCGAAUGCAUUGAUAGUAUCGAUCAAGCGGGUGUUUUCCUCAUUUGGGCUUGCGGGCGCAACUAUCACUCGUCGUCUACACCGGAGGUCCCGCUCGACAAACAAGACCACCCGGACCGCCGCGCGUCUGCUGCCGCCAUCCCCAACGCCGGCAUCAGCGUUUUCGUCGACUGCUCUUGCGCCACCGGUGUCUUCGCCGUUAGCGGCGCGCCCUGCAUCCCCGACUUCGCCUUCUCUACAGGUUUCGCCCGGGACUUCGCCACUCACGAUGUCCCCUUCGCGGACAUCACACCGGACUGCGGCUGCCCCAGUCGCUGA